GGUGAUCAAGAUCCGGUGAAUGAAUCUGAGUCCGGCGUCUCAUUUUGUACUUUCCAUUACAUUCCGCCGAAUUUUGUUUUUUAAUUUCUUCAAUUCAAUGUCUUACCAUUAUAAUUAAUCCUAGCCUAUUGGUGAGUUUCUAGCUUUGCCUACUUAUGUUACCGCUUAUGUUCUUAAGUUCGUCCUCAUUAACUGUGUCUUAGUGUUCACUCCAUGUUCUGAAAACUACAGAUAAUAGUUUUACUCAGAAUGGAACCACAGUACCAGAUAUACAAAGGGUCAUCUACUAAUACAGUUGGCCUGCUCCUCAUAGUAUAUUUUCUGUUUUCAACCUUUGAGUGUUCGGCUUUGACAUUGUCUCAAAAUGAUUUCGAUAAAAUUAAGCACUUUUUUGAUGCGAAUGGCUGCAUGCAAGGUACCUUAACUGCAGAGGUUAUGGCGCCGCCUGUAACUACCUCGGGCUCUCAAAGCCCUCCAGUGACCAAGGUUCUACUAGAUGACAAAACGACAGAAAAGUGCUAUGCUCCUUCAUCACAAGCCACUGUGCCUUUGAAUAAAGAAAAAACACCCAUGUGUCUAGUAAAUGAGCUUGCUCGCUUUAAUAAUAUUCAGCACGAGUAUCGUCUCACUGACGAAACAGGUCUAGCUCAUAAAAAGGUUUUCAAUGUAACCUUAAAAUUGGGCACAGAGGAAUACUCGGCGCAAGGUUCACGUAUAAGACAAGCUCAGCAUGCAGCAGCUGAAAUAGCACUGAAAGAAACGAAGUACAAGCCCCCAGUCGCAAAAAACAAAAAAAUCCAACCGAAAUCUCAUGAAGUAACCCCGAUUUUUGAGCUUAAUUCAUUAGCAAUGAGAAGGGGAGAACCUACGGUUUAUCAAUAUCUGAGUGCACCACCAGAUAAGCCUCACCAGCCCAGACCACGGCAGACUAACUGGAUGUACAAUGGACCAUACAAAUAUAGUCAACCUCGAAAGUUUAUGUUUCACCAUGAUCCAAAUGCCUUUAGUGUAAGUGUGAAAGUAGGAGACCGUGAAUUUAUAGGCACGGGACCUACGUCCACUGCAGCAAAAAGAGCUGCAGCUUUGAAAGCACUGAAUGAACUUAAGAAACUUCCCAUUAGCGAAAAUAAACCAGAAAUAUCUAAUUCUAUAGAUGGCGUUUCAAAAGAAAUUGAUUCAGCAGCCGAACUAAAAUCCCCAAUUUCUCUUGUAUAUGAAUUAGCACUGAAACGAAAUUUAGAAGUGGUUUUUGACACAGUUGAAGAAAAAGGACCUCCACACAUGCGCAUUUUUGUGACAAAAUGCCACGUAGGUGAUGCUUUUGAGACUGUAGGGGAAGGUAACUCCAAAAAAGCAUCGAAAAAAAAGGCUGCGGAAAAAAUGCUAGAGGAUCUGAAAAAGUUGCCCAUAACAACCACAAUCAAUCCCUCAGGAUUUGUCGUGAAGAAAAAAUCCACCAAUAACAAGAAAAAACGAAACUUAAUCAAGGAACACAAGACUGAUGAACAGGAUAAUACAGAGGCUAAUCCUGUCUCAAAACUCAUCCAACUUCAACAAGCAAGAAAAGAACGUGAACCUGUUUUUAUCCUGAAGCACGAGCGGUCGAUGGGAGCCUACAAAAGAGAAUUUUCUAUGGAGGUGUCAGUUGGUGAUGUCUCAGAAAUUGGAGUAGGCCCAACAAAAAAACUGGCAAAGCGUAAUGCUGCAAAAAAAUUGUUAUUAAAGUUAGGGCAGGUGCCAACUGCACCUGUUAGACCAAUAAAGAAUGAUGAUAAGGUCUUAUCACAAGAUGCAACUCCUAGCAUUAGUGAUAAAACCAGUGGUGGAAGACAGCUUGCCCCUGGCCUUUUAUUAGUUCCGAAAUCUGAAGGGAAUAAAAUCACACAUAAUAACAAUUUCAAACAAAAUUUAGAAAGUCUAGCUCAAGACUAUCUGUAUAAAUCAGGUGACACCGGUGAAGACUGCGAUGCCAUUAGACCAACAGAAAAAUUAAACUAUCUCUCUCAGUUGCUUGGCUUCAAAGUCCAGUAUACUGAUUUCGCAAAGACCUCUCAAAAUGAUGUCCCAGUUCUUAGCUUGGUUUCUCUUACAACUACACCUCCACAAGUCUGUCAUGGUCAGGCCCUCACAAGGGAGUCCUCUCAUGAUUUGGCUGCUGCCAAUGCUCUUAGAGCGCUAGCAGACAUGGGCUUAGAUUCUAUUGUCCCAAAUAAGAAGGAAUCAUCAGUCGGUCCAGGUGGAGACAAUUUACUCGGUUUGGUGAACGACAAUGUGCCAUUCAUGAAUAUGAACGGAAUACCCAAAUAGAGAACUGCGACUUCACAAAAAUUUCACAACUAUUGAAUUUAAUUUUUAAAAAAUUUUACGUACCACUGAUGUGAAGUUAUUUUCUUGUGAUCAUUACCUUUUUUUCAGUUAGCUCAAACUGAUAACUCAAUUUUAAAUACAUGGAACUCAUCAUAUCUUUAAAAUUGAAAUUAAUCGUUUUUUUGUUGGUUAUUGUCCGGUGUCAGUUGCUUAGAUAUUUAAGUCUCGGCUGCAAUCUUAUUUGACUGCAUGGUUCCAAAAGUUGGGACACAGUAAAAUAGCAGACAUUUUCAUUUGUACUCAGUAGUUUUGUAGAAGCCGAAGAGGGAAACAAUGGUGCUUAGGGCAAGUCAUACCAUACCUGAGCAAACUUUUUUCACACCAGUAGUAGACUCAGCCUUAGUCACCGCUGAGGCCACCGGCUGUAUGAGCCAUCAUCAGAGACACUGUUAAGGGGGUGCCCUACUUAACUUUCUUAACUCUUCACUCUCUGUCUGAGACUGAAAUAAAGGCUCUGUUGUGAAACUUUAAUUGAAAUUCAGAUUUUCAGCAUGCUCUUGUAUGAAUAAUUUGUGAAUUUUCACCACAGCAAUUUUUCAUGAAAUUUCAACAUAAAACUGCAUCUCAGCCCUCCAUACUUAAACUAAACCUUUAUCGUCCAGUGAAAUGAUAUACUGGCACCACCUCUAGACUUAAAAUUAAAUUAAAAAAGUGGGGGAAAACCUCAAAAUUGCUGAAUGGAGGGAAUCAAUCUGAAUGUUGGUGACAGUAAAAGAAGAGCUCAAAAAACGGAAUUUUUUUUAUGACGAUGUGGCUGGAAGAAGCUCCAAAAUGUGUCUUAGACAUGUCAAGUUUUCAAAAAAAUUUGGGGAGUUCCUAGUUCCACUAAGGGGGAUGAAAUUUUAAUUCAAGUGACUGACUAAGCCAAAACCAAUCCUAAUAACCAACUGUCAUGUCCAAUGAAUUUGUAGGACAAAAUCAGAUUUCAAUGUUUCUGGUUUUAGAAAGAGUCCUCUUAAUGAUGAAUGUGUGUUCCCAAAUUCAUCGCUAAAAGUCCUCUCAGCAAACCUGAUUAAAAAAUAGCAACUUUUGUUACAUAAAAGCAACAUCGAAACGUUGCAAUACUGUAUGUGUGUAAAAAAAAGUGACAAAAGUUUGCAGUAGGCUUAUUUUGUCAAUUACUUAAAAUUAUGGCUGCAAAAAUUAUUUGUUAUGAAAAAGAGAGUAGGUGAGAUUAUUAUUGUAAAAUUUAGUUUCUAGAAUUUUUAAGUUUGUUUUUUUUUUUAAAUGUUUGUAUUUAUCUAUGUUUUUACCUUUACCCUAAGUUUCAUCAUAGGUACUACUUUUUGGUUGGAAAAUAUUAAGGUGAAGGCAAAAAGCUUGAUUUUGGAUUGGUACCAAGAGUGUAAAUCGCUAUUUUUAUCAGUCCUAAAAUUCUGAAUAAGUUUCUAUCUAAUUUUUUUGUUUGUUUUUUGAAGCAGUGAUUUCUUGACCAAUUUUUAAUUUCUAUUGGAGGCAAACUUACACAACUUAAGCAUCAAGCUUUUUAGCCAAUUUUAAAUAAUUUCUCAUAUAAACUUAAAAUACCUGUUUUCCAGAGACCUGCCUAGGUUCAUAUAUAUACUGUUUCAUUUAACUGAAGUUCAAAAGUUACUGACUGUCAAUAUUAUCCACAAUUUUUAAUUUUGUCAAAUUAAUCUAUCGGCAGCUCAAACUGUAUUUUAAAGUGAAGUACCCAUCAUUGCAGUUGCCCAUGUGACCUUAUCAGAUGUUAUACAACGUUAACUGUUGAAGUCGUUAUUUUGCCUGUAGGUGUUAAUUAUGUUCUAUCGUGUACCAGUGAUUUUUUGACCCCCUUUUAAGAUUUGUUAAGUUGAGCUGAAAGGAGGUCUCUUCAAAAAAAUUGAAAUCAAUUUUUUUUCAAUUAAUUUGAUUGUGUAGUGUAAAACUUCUUUCUGUCUGUAAAAGUUUGCAUUGCAACCAAAAUCUGAAAUACUUCAUGACAUAGUUAUUUUAAAACUUAUUCUUUGACCUGUGCAAUUCUGCACUGAACAUGCUCUACAUUUUUUAAUUAUCCUGCACUUGUACAUAAAUUCUUAGUUUUCAAUUUUAAAGUUAAGGAAGAAUCUCGUCACACUUACCAAAAUUGACCGAUGACAAAAAUGCCUGUAGCCUUGUCAAAUGUUAAAAAUGCUCUCACCUUCUGAGGUUCACCUUCUGAGGUCAUCGAACAGUGCAGGUGGUGUAGGCAGAAGAUUCCUAACGCAGUGCUCAUAAGGUGAUUGAUAACGUUUCAAAUUUAAAUUUCCCUCUAAAAACCUACACUUUUUGCAUCUUACAUCUCAAUUGUUUCUUCUUUCACAGCUAGAAGCCUAGCCAUUCAUGUCCAUAAACGUUCCUCAACUACAUUGUUUAGUGUAUGUCCUGUAUUGUACGAUGGCACCUCAUACUCAUCAGGUGUUGUUUACUUACAUGUUUUUUUAUUGAAAAUUUAAAUCCUGUCAUCAAGAGCUUUCAAAAAUUAUAUUUUGUUGGCGUAGGUGAGUCCAAGAACACUCAAUUGAAUCAAUGACUUGGCAGUUUUUUUUUUCUUCUUCAUUUUUCUUAAAGCAAUCCAGGCAGCAAUUAUUGCCUAUAUUUUGCCUUGGGAGUAGCACUCAGUGAUGGCUCCAAUAAAAUAAUUACUCUUGCUUGAGCAAUAAAAAUAGUCUCUUCUAUCCCCUCUCUGCUUGGAAAAAAAAGGAGGGUGGUCAACUGUUCUUGUUUUUCUUCUAGUUCAUUGCUCAAUGUUCAGUUCUUUGCAAGGCACAACAUUCAUUUAAGAUUUCAAGAUUCAGUGUCGACUUUCCAGCAGUGAUUCUAAUGUGUCGAUAAUGUUUUCUCUUCAUUUAAAUUUAUGUACAAUAAUUGACUCAAGUUGAGACAGGCUGCCUCACACAUUAUUGAUAGUUCUAAUGAAUGUAAAUGGAGGACCUUGCAACUUGCAAGAAUCGCCACUGCUGUCGCGGUUUAAGGUAGGAAACUUGCCAUGAUUUUACAGCCAAUGUGUUUUUGGACUUAUGCCUAUGAACUUUCACCAUGCAAUUAUAAGUUUGAUAAUGAAGCCUUAAAAAUAAUUUAGUGGUUUGAUCUGUAUUAUUACAUUUAUUUUAUUUGUUUCUUAUUUCUUUCUCUUACUUAUGAAUGGGUUCUCCUCUCAUUUCAAUGCACCUUUGCUGAAUUCCAGUUCCCGGGGAUUUUUAUGCAUAUCUUACGAUUAUUUUUCAUCAAAAGAGCAUUGAUUUCACUUUUAUGUAUUUUGCUUCCUUUUUAUUUUUCCCAGUCGCAAAUUUUACCCUCUUUACUAUGUUCAACAGUUGUUUCAUCCAUUUUCUAACAUCAUAAGCCUUUUUAUGUUCAAGCUCUGUCUGCUUAGAAUUACCAGAUUGUGGUAAAAUAUAACAUUUUCUCUUUUAAUA